GCGCUUGCCGGAAGUGAGCGUGAGGGCGGCUUUCACCCUAGCUCCACUGCUUUUUUAGCGUCGGAAGGGCAGCCCUAGUGGGAGAGAGAAAAAGGAGCCGGCAGCGGCUCUUACGCGUCCCGGGGCUGCGCGCCACUCUCUCUGCCGGUAACGCGGUGCUUUGCGGCUGUCGUCAAGCGCGGCGUUGGGCCGGCGGGCGGGGGCUGAGGGGCUGCCAUGGCGGCGGCGGGCCGGCUGCCGAGCUCCUGGGCCCUCUUCUCGCCGCUCCUCGCAGGGCUUGCACUACUGGGAGUCGGGCCGGUCCCAGCGCGGGCGCUGCACAACGUCACGGCCGAGCUCUUUGGGUCCGAGGCCUGGGGCACCCUUGCGGCUUUCGGGGACCUCAACUCCGACAAGCAGACGGAUCUCUUCGUGCUGCGGGAAAGAAAUGACUUAAUCGUCUUUUUGGCAGACCAGAAUGCACCCUAUUUUAAACCCAAAGUAAAGGUAUCUUUCAAGAAUCACAGUGCAUUGAUAACAAGUGUAGUCCCUGGGGAUUAUGAUGGAGAUUCUCAAAUGGAUGUCCUUCUGACAUAUCUUCCCAAAAAUUAUGCCAAGAGUGAAUUAGGAGCUGUUAUCUUCUGGGGACAAAAUCAAACAUUAGAUCCUAACAAUAUGACCAUACUCAAUAGGACUUUUCAAGAUGAGCCACUAAUUAUGGAUUUCAAUGGUGAUCUAAUUCCUGAUGUUUUUGGUAUCACAAAUGAAUCCAACCAGCCACAGAUACUAUUAGGAGGGAAUUUAUCAUGGCAUCCAGCAUUGACCACUACAAGUAAAAUGCGAAUUCCACAUUCUCAUGCAUUUAUUGAUCUGACUGAAGAUUUUACAGCAGAGUCUCCCUCUGUCGCCAGGCUGGAGAUCAGAAUCUCGGCUCACUGCAACCUCCGCCUCCUGGGUUCAAGUGAUUCUUCUGCCUCAGCCUCCCAAGUAGCUGGGACUACAGAUUUAUUCCUGACGACAUUGAAUGCCACCACUAGUACCUUCCAGUUUGAAAUAUGGGAAAAUUUGGAUGGAAACUUCUCUGUCAGUACUAUAUUGGAAAAACCUCAAAAUAUGAUGGUGGUUGGACAGUCAUCAUUUGCAGACUUUGAUGGAGAUGGACACAUGGAUCAUUUACUGCCAGGCUGUGAAGAUAAAAAUUGCCAAAAGAGUACCAUCUACUUAGUGAGAUCUGGGACGAAGCAGUGGGUUCCAGUCCUACAAGAUUUCAGCAAUAAGGGCACACUCUGGGGCUUUGUGCCAUUUGUGGAUGAACAGCAACCAACUGAAAUACCAAUUCCAAUUACCCUUCAUAUUGGAGACUACAAUAUGGAUGGCUAUCCAGACGCUCUGGUCAUACUAAAGAACACAUCUGGAAGCAACCAGCAGGCCUUUUUACUGGAGAACGUCCCUUGUAAUAAUGCAAGCUGUGAAGAGGCGCGUCGAAUGUUUAAAGUCUACUGGGAGCUGACAGACCUAAAUCAAAUUAAGGAUGCCAUGGUUGCCACCUUCUUUGACAUUUACGAAGAUGGAAUCUUGGACAUUGUAGUGCUAAGUAAAGGAUAUACAAAGAAUGAUUUUGCCAUCCAUACACUAAAAAAUAACUUUGAAGCAGAUGCUUAUUUUGUUAAAGUUAUUGUUCUUAGUGGUCUGUGUUCUAAUGACUGUCCUCGUAAGAUAACACCCUUUGGAGUGAAUCAACCUGGACCUUAUAUCAUGUAUACAACUGUAGAUGCAAAUGGGUAUCUGAAAAAUGGAUCAGGUGUCCAGAAUGGAGUCUUAUGAAAGAACGAGGAUUCAAUAUUCUACAAGACGUCCUAGAAAUCUGAUACCCUUGACCUUGUUUGCUGGAUAACUGUGCAUGAUACUUUGCCAGGUGCUGUGAAUAUGAAAAUAUACUUAGAUGAGGUUACCAUUAUCAAGAACUUUAUAUAUUAGGAGCCAGACAUAUACAUUUGAAAAUACCCUCAUAAAUAGUCAUUACAAAGCAAUAAGUGCCAUAGAGUUCAAAGAAAGACCAUUAUUGACUGAAUUGAUCAGGUAACACUUUGUCAAGGAAGUCUUCAUUUGAAGGAUUGGUAUGCAUGGACCAGAAAAAGUGAGUAAGAAGAAAUGCAGAUGUAGCAUUAGCAAAGUCAACAUAAUGGGAAAUGUAACUUUAUUAGGAGAAUACACACAAAAAUAAUUUAACAAUCAAAAAAGAAAAAUCUUGUUCUGGUUUUUUAACGCUAUAGUAGACACAAAAACUAUAAUAUAUUUAAAUGUUUUCUCUUUAUUUCUUAACUUCAUUGAGGAAAAACUCAUAUUCUAGACAGAUAUUCCCAUUGGUUUCACUUAGUUGCUCUAGAAUUUCUGAAUAACUUGGUAAAUAGCCUGGAAUUUUAUUUUUUAAUUGUUCUUUACACAAAACAUUUAUUUUUCAUUACAGUUUAGUGAACAGUUUACUAACCAUAAUAAUAAUACAUUUAACUUAAUUAUGUAUAUUCACCAAAAGUAGUAAUUGAGAAGAUUAAUCCUCCUGUAUUUCAAGAUUUUACUUUAUUUGUAUUUAUUUAUUUGAGACAAGGUCUCACUCUGUCACCAAGGCUAGAGUGCAGUGCUGUGAUUAUAACUGACUGCAGCCUCAACCUCCUGGGCUCAAGAGAUCCUCCCACUGCAGCCUCCCUAGUAGCUGGGACUACAGGUGUGCACCAACACACCCAGCUUAUUUUUUAUUUUUUGUAGAGGUGAGGUUUCACCAUGUUGCCCAGGCUGGCCUUGAACUCUUGGGCUCAAAAUAUAGCCUUGGCCUCCCAAAGUGCUACAUUUUACAUUUUAAAGAUGUCAAUAAAAAAUCUAAAAUAGGCCUUUUGAAUGUAGGUUUUGUUGAAACAGAAGAAACAAAAAUUAUUUAAUAAAAUAAAAUAGGCCUGGUUGCCCAUUUUUUGAAAUAUACUUAAAUGUAAAGGAUAGAUAAGAAAGAACAAAAGAAUGAAUAAUGAGUGAAAAAUCUUUUAACCUCUGCAGGCCUAGAUCUGAAAAAAAAAAUUUUUUUUAAUAAAAUUAAAAUAAAAUUUUACAAAAUAUUUUAACCACUAUAGUUUUGAGAUCUUGUGGUUUCCCAUCCAACAUGUAAAGAGGUUGGAAGUUGUACUCUUAUCCUCACCAAAAAAAAAAGAACAAACUGAAAAUCAACAGUUCUUAGAUCCAUCAGAGAAUGAAGACACGGGACAGACCACUGCCCCCAAAACUAGAAUAGACAAAUACAGAGAAUCACAGAUUACUGAGUAGAAGCCGCAGCUAGAGCCAGCAACUGGUAGGAACACUUCAAGGGCAAUUGACUAAUUGCUAGAGACUGAGAAUGAGACUCGUUUAAAACAUUAAGAACUCCUGGAGGCCCAGCCUUAGAGUACCUAUCAAGUUCUCAGGGUCAAAAGCUGAGGGGAAAAUGCCCUUGUGUUUCUGUGUGUGUAGAGGGAAGAGAGUAAACAUUUUAAAAAACAAACAAACAAACUUCCAGAGUUACUGCUCUCCUUAACAAAGGCGUGUCCUCAAGGGAAACUAUUUUACCAACACCUAACCAAGUUGGGUUUUACCAGAGUCUAACUGACAUGAGAGAAGUGAAAUACCCAACUCCAGCCCCCUUUAGCCUAUCUCACCUAAGGGGCAGGUGGGUGGUUGGGGGGGCAGGUGGGUGGUUGGGGGGACAAGACUAACAGUUAAAGGACCAUUAAACACUUACCCUCCCCUGACGCCUUGCCAUCACAUUAAUCAGUCUGCUAUAUAAUAAUAGGGAUUAUAAUUGAGCAAAGCUCAGGCCCUAUUUCAGAAGGAAUCUCUAGUGUUUCAUAAUGAGAGGAUGAAGAAGUCAAUAACAAUAAAUAAUAAGGAGUCUCUAGGGAAACCCAAAUACUACAGAGGAAACAAAAAUAAGCAUUAGAUGAUGUUUUCGUCUCUGACAUCUACAGCUGCAACUACCAGCAAAGGCAGCCUAACUCAUAGCUAGAUAACCUCACACUAAAUGUCUACUUACCUUGUUCCUUUUAUGCAAUACAUCAUGUACAGCUUUCAACAACAAAUUACAAGCCACACUAAAAGGCAAAACAAACAAAAGCCACACACUCUGAAUGGUUAAAGCAAGUAGAAGAACUAGACUCAGUUAUGGCAAAGACUGUCAAAUUAUAGAGACAGGGAAUUUAAAAUAACUGUGGGCUAGGUGUGGUGGCUCACACCUGUAAUCCAGCACUUUGGGAUGCCAAGGCAGGCGGAUUGCUUGAGCCCAGGGGUUCGAGACUGGGCUCGAGAAAUAACAAAAAUUAGCCAGACAUGAUGGCACUUGCCUGUAUUCUCAGCUACACAGGAGGCUGAGGUGGGCCUAAAGCCCAGGAUAUCGAGGCUGUAGUGAGCCAAGAUCGCAUCACCGCACUUCAGCCUGGAUGACAGACCAAGACCCUGUGUUAAAUAAAUAAAUAAAGGGCAGGCGCGGUGGCUCACGCCUGUAAUCCCAGCACUUGGGGAGGCCAAAGUGACCUCUGGCCUCACCUGAGGUAAGAAGUUUGAGACCAUCCUGGCCAACAUGGUGAAACCUUGUCUCUACUAAAAACACAAAAAAAUUAGCUGAGUAUGGUGGUAUGUGCCUGUAAUCCCAGCUACUUGGGAGGCUGAGGCAGGAGAAUCAUUUGAACCCAGGAGUUGGAGGUUGCAAUGAGCCUGUGAUUAAUAUGCUAAGAGCUCUGAUGGAAAAAAUGCUAGAAAUAAAAAACACUGUAAUACAGGCAUGUCCAAUCUUUUGGCUUCCCUGGGCCAAACUGCAAGAAGAAGAAUUGUCUUGGGCCACACAUAAAAUACACUAACACUAAUGAUAGCUGAUGAACUAAAAAUUAAAAAAAAAAAAAAAAUCUCAUGAUGUUUUAAGAAAGUUUAUGAAUUUGUGUUGGGCCACAUUCAAACCCAUCCUGGGCCACAUGUGGCCUGCGGGCAGUGGGUUGGACAAGUGGCUUGCCGUAAAUAGGAAUGAAGAAUGCCUUUGAUGGGCUUAGACGUGGCCGAGGAAAGAAUUAGUGACCUUGAAGAUAUGUCAACUGAAACUCCCCAGACUGAAAAGUGAGGAGAAAAAAGAAAAAUACAGUUUACCUUAAUGAACAUUCAGGUAUAAAAUGCUACACUAAUGGCCCCCAAUAAUUCAUGCCUCCCCAGUAUUCAUACCAUUAUUAGCCCCAACCCACACUGACUUUGGCCAAGGAGACAUCAGCAAACAUGACCCAAGCAGAACCCUGAUAGCCCUUAUACUGUGGGACUUGCCCUCUUGGAGUGUGGCCCUGAGAUAGCAUGUGAAAAAAGCCAGGCUAGUCUCCUUCAGGAUGAAAGACCAUGAAGAGGCAGGCCAGUGCAGUCAUCCCACCAAACUCCAACCCCAGGUAACACCAGCUGAGUGUAGCUGCAUGAAUAACUUAGUCAAAACCAGCAGAAACUGCCCAGUCAACCCACUGAAUCAUGAGAAAUAAAAUGAUUCUAGUUCUAAGCCAGUAAAUUUUAGGUUAAUUUGUUACACAACAAUAAUUGCAAGAAAGAAUGUAGUAUUCUGCUUUGCUUCAUGAGCCACAUAUAAGCAAAUUUACAAAGAUGGAAGUAUUGACACGGAUAAAGACAUAUGUUCGGGCAGCUCAGGCAUGAGUGGAUAGGAAAGGGAUAGAAACAUAGAGAAGCAGAAGGUGACAAUUUAAGAGUUUAAAAGAAUAUGCAUACUGACAGUCACAACUUUAAUAAUGUCCUCUAGGAAGAAGGUACACAUGAAAGAACUGACUUUGCUAAAGGAAAAAUUUAAAGGUGUUUUUGUGUUUUAUGUCUAUUGGUAGCUAGUAAUUGCCUCUAGGUCUCUCCAAGUUGAGUAACAUGUAUGUAAUAAUAACUACCUAGUCUAAUAAACAUUUCUUGUAAAAUCACAUGUUUCAGUAAAAAUAACCUAUCUUGCAAUUUGGGACUAAAAAAACUCUUCUCACCUUUUGUUUUAAAGUAGGUAAGCAUCUUUUAUCCAUGUACCAGAACUAAACAGUUUUGCUCCCUUUUUUUUUUCUUCCUACUAAAAAAAGGCCCCUUAUAAGUGAAAUGACCAUUGUUUUCCCUCUCAGAGAGGUACAGAUCUCCAACAAGGAAAAUUAAGUGCACUAAGUCAUAAGUCAAGCUUUCCCAUUUAGCUCAUUUUUACAACAUUGUUCACUUUGGAACCUGAGGGAUUUUUUUUUUUUAAUCCAGAGGAUGACAGCUAAAACAUAAUUGCACAUAACCUCAGAAAAGUUUACCACCCUAAUGCAACUCAAAAGGAACACCUACCAUUAAAUUGGAACUCCACAAGCAAUAACACCUAAUGCAGUUUGGUUUUAUGGGAGCUGUGUGGAUUUCCUUUAUUGUAUCCCUUUGCAUUAUUUUUCACAUGCAUUUGCAAUGGCUUUUUACCAUUCCUUCAUUAGAGGCUUUUGUGAAUUAAGGUUAGAAAAGCAGUUAACAAAAUCAAACUACUCAGUUCUUCAAAAAAUUAAACACAGAGUUAGCAUAUGACUCAAAAUUCCACUCCUAGGUAUAUUCCCAAGAGAACAGAAAACAUGUCAACAUAAAACUUGUACAUGAAUGUCCAUAGCAGCAUUAUUCAUAAUCUCCCAAAAAGUGGAAACAGACGAAAUGCCCAUGAACUGAUGAAUGGGUAAACCACAGAUAUGGUAUAUUCAUACAGUGGAAUAUUAUUCAGUCACAAAAACAUGAAACGUGCAACAAUAUGAUGAACCAUGCUAAACUAUUCUAAGCGAAUACAGCCAGACACAAAACGCCACAUAUUGUCCAACUUCAUUUAUAUGAAAGGUCCAGAAUAGGCAACUUCAUAGAGGUAGAAAGGACAGUAGUGGUUACCAGGGGCUGGAGGGAGGAAGAAAUGGGAACUAAGUGCUCUUGGGUGUGGGGUUUGUUUUUGUGGUAAUGAAAAUAUUCUGGAAUUGGUGUCAGUUGCACAGCCUUGUCAGUGUACUAAAAACCACUGAAUUGUAUACUGUAAACUGGUGGGUUUUGUGGUAUGUGAAUUAUAUACCAAUUUAACACAAAAGAAGAGACAUAAAAACUACUCACAUUCUAAAUGUAUAACUGGGAAGUAGGCUGACAAGAGCUUGAACCAGGGUGCCACUUUCUUCAUUU